AUGCUACUCAAGGGAUAUAUCAAAAGCAUUUACAAUGAGAUCAAAGUGUUGUCGCUUUUAAAUCAAUUGACAGCUUUAUUGAGUCAUUCAUCGGAAGCAAACUUCGUAAAGAAGUACUUCGACAGCAGUCGUGGUAAAGUGGAUGGACACAGAGAUGUUAGACUCAUAAAGUCUUAUAGUGUUUAUCGUAAAGAUCACGAGAAAAGGUUUGUUGAGUGCGGUUAUGAUCGACUCAAUAGACAACUCUUAUGGCACGGAACCAAAUGUGCGAAUUUGGACGGAAUUCUUAGGGAUGGCUUCGUGUUGUCAUUCAAAGACAACUUAUUAUUUGGAAAUGGAGUCUAUUUUUCCGAUAGAGUGACCAAUAGUUGCAAUUAUAGCGACCAAACUAACUAUGGGUUUCUAUUGCUGUGUGAGGUGUCAACGGGGGUCAUAUUUAAGACAGAAUAUCCCAAACAAUACAUGGAGGCACCGGAUCGUUACGAUAGUGUACAGGGAAUCGGCAAAUAUAUACCAGAACCCAAUACUAGUAUACUAUAUGAUGACAUAGAAGUACCCCUCGGAAACACUAUCGUUAAUAAACACAAAAAGACAUCACUUUCUGAAUUAGAUUUCAACGAAUAUGUAGUUUUCAAUCCA